AGACCUGACCUCCCACCACCACCAUCGUCGCCUCGCUCUCGCACUCGCACUCGCGCUCGUGUGGGUUCCCUUCUCGGCUUCUCCGAGGCGAGGGCUUGGCUGCAGGCUAAAACCCUCUCCGCCCCCACCCCCCGCGCGGUGGCUAGGGUUUUAGGGCGAGGGUGGGAGGAGGCAGGCAGGCGCGCGCGCGCGCGCGGGUGUUCAGAUAGAUGGAGGAGGACCAGUCAGCAAUUCCGGUUGCUGAAGGUGCCAUCAAGAGCAUCAAGCUUAGCCUAUCCACUGAGGAUGAGAUUCGUACUUAUUCUAUAAAUGACUGUCCUGUCACUCAUCCUAGUCAGCUCGGAAAUCCCUUCCUUGGGUUACCUUUGGAGACAGGAAAAUGCGAGUCCUGUGGUGCCUCAGAAAAUGGAAAAUGCGAAGGGCAUUUCGGGUACAUUGAGCUGCCUGUGCCUAUAUAUCACCCUUGCCAUGUAACGGAACUGAGGCAGAUAUUAAAUGUGGUAUGUUUGAAAUGCCUCCGCGUCAAGAAAGGAAAGGUCAAACAGACAGAGGGAAAGGAUAACACAUCAGCAUUGUCAUGCUACUAUUGUCGGGAUCUUCCGGCAUUAUCUUUGAAAGAAAUCAAAACAGCAGAUGGUGCAUUUCGUUUAGAGUUGAAAAUGCCUCCUAGGAAAUUCAUGACAGAAGGCUCAUGGAACUUCCUUGACAAGUAUGGAUUUCACCAUGGUGGAACCUCCCACUGCAGGACCUUGCUCCCGGAAGAGGCUCUCAAUAUAUUGAAGAAAAUUCCUGAAGAAACGAAGAGGAAACUAGCUGCUCGUGGUUACAUUGCUCAAUCUGGAUAUGUGAUGAAAUACCUCCCCGUGCCACCAAAUUGUUUAUACAUUCCAGAAUUUACAGAUGGGCAGAGCAUCAUGUCCUAUGACAUAUCAAUAUCUCUGCUGAAGAAGGUGCUUCAGAAAAUAGAGCAGAUAAAAAAGUCAAGAGCUGGAUCCCCAAACUUUGAAUCACAUGAAGUUGAAUCAUGUGAUCUACAGCUCUCUAUUGCCCAGUACAUACAUCUAAGGGGCACUACAAGGGGUCCUCAAGACAACACCAAGAGAUUUGCAAUCAGUACUGAUCCUUCUGCGUUAUCAACAAAACAAUGGCUGGAGAAGAUGAGAACAUUAUUUAUCAGCAAAGGGUCAGGGUUUUCAUCACGCAGUGUACUUACUGGAGAUCCAUAUAUUGGAGUAGAUGUGAUUGGACUGCCUUCUGAAGUGGCAAAAAGAAUCACUUUCGAAGAGCAGGUAACAGACAUCAACCUUAACAGGUUGCAAGAGAUUGUGGAUAAGGGAUUGUGUUUGACCUACAGAGAUGGCCAGGCAACCUAUGCCAUCACCGUUGGAUCCAAAGGUCACACUACCCUGAAAGUCGGACAGACUAUCAGUAGGAGAAUUGUUGAUGGGGAUGUUGUUUUCCUUAACCGUCCACCCAGUACCCACAAGCAUUCCCUCCAGGCAUUUCGCGUGUAUGUCCAUGAAGACCAUACGGUCAAGAUCAAUCCGCUCAUAUGCGCACCUUUUGCAGCGGACUUUGACGGUGAUUGUGUGCACAUCUAUUAUCCACAGUCCCUUGCUGCAAAAGCUGAAGCACUGGAGCUUUUCAGUGUGGAGAAGCAGCUUACCAGUUCGCACAGUGGCAAGGUCAAUCUCCAGCUAGUUAGUGACAGUUUGCUUGCUCUGAAGCAUAUGUCUUCCAGAACAAUGUUGAGCAAAGAAGCAGCUAACCAGCUGGCAAUGCUUGUUACAUGUUCUCUUCCAGAUCCUGCUGUGAUCAAGUCAAAGCCGUACUGGACAAUCUCGCAAAUAGUGCAAGGUGCUCUGCCAAAAGCCUUAACUUCUCAAGGGGACAAACACGUAGUCAGGGACAGCACUAUUAUAAAACUGGAUCUUGACAAAGAAUCUGUUCAGACAUCAUUCUCAGAUUUAGUGUAUUCCACUCUUUCUGUUAAGGGUCCAGGAGAAGCACUACAAUUUUUGAAUGUGCUGCAGCCAUUAUUGAUGGAAUUGAUUCUUUUGGAUGGCUUUAGUGUAAGCCUCCAGGACUUCAAUGUUCCCAAGGUUCUAUUGGAAGAAGCACAGAAGAACAUUGAAAAACAGUCUCUUAUCCUUGAACAAUCAAGAUUUGCAGAAAAUCAGGUUGUUGAAAUGCGUGUUGAUAAUAAUUUGAAGGACAUCAAACAGCAAAUUUCAGAUUUUGUUGUGAAACGCUCUCAUCUUGGACUUCUGAUUGAUCCAAAGAGUGACUCUUCAGUGUCUAAAGUUGUCCAGCAGCUUGGUUUUGUGGGUUUACAACUUUACCGUGAGGGGAAGUUCUACUCACGUCGUCUGGUGGAGGAUUGCUACUACACUUUUGUGAACAAGCACCCAGCUGUCAGAGAAGAACAUUCUCCAGAGGCAUAUGGUCUUGUACGGAGUUCAUAUUUUCAUGGCCUUAAUCCGUAUGAGGAGCUGGUGCAUGCUAUUUCGACAAGAGAAGCUAUUGUUCGCUCCUCUAGGGGGUUGACGGAGCCUGGAACACUAUUUAAGAAUCUAAUGGCGUUACUGCGGGAUGUCGUCAUAUGCUAUGAUGGGACAGUAAGAAAUGUCUGCAGCAAGUCUAUCAUACAACUUAACUACACGGAGGAUGAUGCCUUGGACUUCCCUAGUGCAAUAGGUCCUGGCGAACCAGUUGGUGUCUUGGCUGCGACUGCUAUCUCCAACCCUGCAUACAAGGCUGUCUUGGAUGCAUCUCAGAGUAACAAUACUUCAUGGGAGCGGAUGAAGGAAAUACUUCAGACAACAAGUCGCUACAAAAACGAUAUGAAAGACCGAAAAGUUAUCCUAUUUCUGAAUGAUUGCUCUUGUGCCAAGAAGUUUUGCAAGGAAAAGGCUGCUAUUGCAGUUCAGGGCUGCCUAAGGAGAAUUACGUUAGAAGAUUGUGCUACUGACAUCUGCAUUGAGUACCAGAAGCAAAUAGGUUUAGAUGGAACUUCAGAAGCAGCCCCAGCACUUGUUGGCCAUAUUCAUCUUGACAGGGCACAUUUAGAAAGGAUCAACAUUAGCACUGAAGAUAUUCUUCAGAAAUGCCAAGAAGUUUCUGGGAAAUAUGGGAAGAAGAAAGGACAUCUCAGUAACCUGUUUAAAAAUAUUACAUUCUCUACUUGCGAUUGUUUAUUCACACAGAAGCUGGUUGAUGGAAAGCUACCUAAGCUUCCGUGUUUGCAAUUCUUUGUUUCUGAUAACAUGAUAGUAUCUGAAUCAGUGGAGAGAGCAGUCAGUGUGUUAGCUGAUUCUCUAUGUGGAGUGCUUUUGAAUACAAUCAUAAAAGGUGAUCCUCGAAUUCAAGAGGCUAAAAUUGUUUGGGUUGGAUCGGAUGCAACAUCUUGGGUUAAAAACACACAGAAGGCAUCAAAGGGUGAGCCAGCAGUAGAAAUUAUUGUUGAAGAAGAGGAAGCUUUACAUAUUGGUGAUGCCUGGAGAACAACAAUGGAUGCCUGCAUACCGGUUCUGAACCUCAUUGAUAUACGGAGAUCAAUCCCUUAUGGUAUUCAACAAGUGCGAGAACUUCUUGGCAUCUCAUGUGCUUUUGAUCAAGUUGUGCAGCGGCUUUCAACAACUGUAAGGAUGGUCGCUAAAGAUGUUCUCAAAGAUCAUCUGGUACUUGUGGCAAAUAGCAUGACAUUUACUGGAAACCUGAAUGGAUUUAACAAUGCUGGUUACAAGGCCACCUUCCGUUCCUUAAAAGUUCAAGUACCUUUCACAGAGUCCACAUUGAUUACCCCUAUGAAAUGCUUUGAGAAGGCUGCAGAGAAAUGUCAUUCGGAUUCAUUGGGAUGUGUUGUUUCAUCAUGUUCUUGGGGCAAGCAUGCUGCAAGUGGUACUGGAUCAUCUUUUCAGAUUCUGUGGAAUGAAAGUCAGCUGAAAAGCAAUAAGGAGUAUGGUGAUGGCCUGUAUGAUUACUUGGCAUUGGUGCGUACUGACGAGGAAAAGGCAAGAUACACAUUCUUUGAUGAUGUGGACUACCUUGCAGAAGAGAACGAGGCAGAUGUGUGCUUAUCUCCUGAAUUGGAUGGGACCAUUGGUCAACCGAUCUUCGAUGAUAAUUUGGAAGAGCAAGAUGUUCAGAAUAACAGCUCGUGGGAUAAUGGCACAACAACAAAUGCAAGCUGGGAACAGAAUGGUAGUGCUGGAAAUGAUUCUGAUAAAUGGGGAGGUUGGAAUGAUGCAGCUGCAGGAGCUGACACGGGAGUCACAAAACCAGCAAACCAAGGGAAUUCGUGUUGGGAUGUGCCUGCGACAGUGGAAAAGAGUUCCUCUGAUUGGGGAGGCUGGGGCACUGAAAAGGCGAAGGAGAAGGAGAAAAUAUCUGAAGAGCCAGCUCAACAUGAUGCUUGGUCUGUCCAGGGCCCUAAAAGGGCAACAGAUGGAGGAGCCAGCUGGAAGAAGCAGUCUAGCACUCAGAAUGAUGGGAACUCCUGGAAAGAGAACAAGGGAAGAGGAUCAAAUGGAGGUUCCUGGGAGAAAGAUAAUGCGCAAAAGGGAUCAUGGGGCAGGGGCAAUGAUGAAGCUGAAAAUAAUAAUGAUGUGCAAAACAAAUCUUGGGAGACUGUGGCUGCAGAUGCUCAUGCUUCUACAGAGAAGUCCUGGGGCAAUGUUACUGCAUCUCCAUCGGAUAAUGCAUGGAGUGCUGCUCCGGUUUCCCAAGGGAAUGGAAGUUCAGAUACAAAGCAAUCUGAUUCUUGGGAUGGCUGGAAGUCUGCUGGAGUUGACAAAGCAAUUAACAAAGACAAGGAAUCCUUGGGCAAUGUGCCUGCAUCUCCAUCAUUUAGUGCGUGGAAUGCUUCUCCAGUUUCCCAAGGGAAUGAACGUUCAGAUGCAAAGCAAUCUGAUUCUUGGGAUGGCUGGAAGUCUGCUGGAGUUGACAAAGCAAUUAACAAAGACAAGGAAUCCUUGGGCAAUGUGCCUGCAUCUCCAUCAUUUAGUGCGUGGAAUGCUGCUCCAGUUUCCCAAGGGAAUGAACGUUUAGAUGCAAAGCAAUCUGAUUCUUGGGAUGGCUGGAAGUCUGCUGGAGUUGAUGAUUCAGUUAAAGACAAGGAAUCCUGGGGUAAUGUGCCUGCAUCCCCAUCAGAUAGUGCGUGGAAUGCUGCUCCAGUUUCCCAAGGGAAUGAAAGUUCAGAUGCAAAGCAAUCUGAUUCUUGGGAUGGUUGGAAGUCUGCUGGAGUUGAUGCUUCAACUAACAAAGACAAGGAAUCCUGGGGCAAUGUGCCUGCAUCUCCAUCAGAUAGUGCAUGGAAUGCUGCUCCAGUUUCCCAAGGGGAUGAUGUCUGGAAUUCUGCUGAAGCCAAUGAGUCACGUAAUAAGGACUGGAAAUCAGAUGGAUGGGGUGCCAGAGGUGGCAAUUGGAGGGGCCAAAGAAACAAUCCUGGUAGGCCCCCAAGGAAACCUGAUGGCAGGGGUCUGCCUAGGAGACCUGAUGAGAGGGGGCCACCAAGGCGACACUUUGACCUAACAGCUGAGGAGGAAAAGAUUCUAGGAGAAAUUGAACCCACUGUGCUGAGCAUCAGAAAGAUUUUCCGUGAAUCAAUUGAUAGCAUAAAACUUUCUCCGGAAGACGAAAAAUUCAUCAAAGAGAAUGUUCUUGAACACCACCCUGAGAAACAAUCAAAGGUGUCUGGUGAAAUCGAUCACAUAAUGGUUGACAAGCACCAAGUGUUCCAGGAUAGUCGGUGCUUGUUUGUGGUGUCUUCAGAUGGAACUCGGUCAGAUUUCUCCUAUUUAAAAUGCAUGGAGAAUUUUGUGAGGAAGACCUACCCUGAGCAUGGGGACUCAUUCUGCAAGAAGUAUUUCAAGAGGCGCCGUGACCAACCACCAGCAGCUGAUGGAGGCACAGCACCAGGCACUCCAGCUGGGGCUACACAGUCUACUGCAGUUGAUACCCAGGAGGGCACUUCACAGCAGACCCAACCAGAUAUCGCAACCGCUCCAGCUGCAACUCAACAAGAGACUCUUCAAGACACUCCAGCUCCUCCAGCAGACGAUGGAUUGCUCGGGAAGGGACCUAGCCCGUCUGACUGAUGCUCAGGGUGCGCUUAGAGCUGCCAACAUCCUGCUUGUGCUCUAAUCCUGCCACUCUUUUUUUCCUACUUGGCCUGACAUUGCCUAGUGACUAGACAGAUGGUGACUUUGUGUAGUAGAGAAGGGUUAGCAGUCUUUAGGUCUCACUCUUCCAGACGAACUCUGUAAAUUCUGGAUGUUAGUGAGCUGCAUCCCGUAGCUUAAACUCGUUUUUACCCUCUCUUUUUUUUUUAUCUUUUUUGUCUUUCCAGUAUGGUUAUUUGGUUAGUCCAAUGCAAGCCGAUUCUGCGAGGCCGUGCCGAAUCUGAUGAUUUUGUUGUUCUGCAAGGCACAGAGCUCUCGCUGGUGCUGUUUCAUUUUGGAUGCUGUUACAGGGUUUUGUAAAGACACUGAAACUACCAUGCGAAUCAGCAAAAGAUGGAUUCCCUGCUGUGAACAAGCAGGUGGCCUUGCAUGAAUUCAUUCAUCAAA